GUUUGGUUUUGCUCGCAAUAGCCGCUCCAUGUCGGUCGUGCGCGUGGGUCCGCGGCACUCGCCGUCCAAGCGCUCGCUCGUUCCGAUCUUCGCACCCCGCAGCUACGUCCACGUUGUCGGUGUCGCGUACGUGCUCGCUUCGAUUGCGCUGAGCUUUCUUGCGCUCGAUGUCAUGUCGGCUGCGAUGACGACCAACUUUUUUGUGCCGGCGGUCGAUGCAUCGCUGAGCCUUUUGCUCCAGCGCUUGAACGACGAGCUCACGCUACCGAAUCAAACUUCACCGAGGUCCGUCAACGUCACGACCGCGCUCCUCUCGGACAGUGGCGUCGUCGCGGCAGCCUAUGCGCGUCGCGUGGUACACGAAGACCUCACGCAUGUGCCGGGCAGCGUUGCCGACGAGAUUGCACUUUGGUCGCGCCUCGGGUUCUCUCAUUUUUCACUGCAAUUUGGGAACGGGUUCGAGACUGGUUUGGCCGAAUCUGUUUCUAUUCAAAACGCUCUCGGGCUGCGCUAUGCGGUGUCGCUCAAGGCCUCACCACCCCGGAAUCGCAUGCCCUAUGCGUCGACGUUGGUCUUUUAUAACCUCUUUUACAACGACCUGUACGCGAUCGCCGCCAACGCCAGCUUGGUGCGCAACGCGCCUAGCUUCUUCGGCCACACGGACCCGUUUGCGAUCGAGACGUUUGUCGUCCAACGACCCCUUACGCCCAUCAGCACCAUCACGACCUAG